AUGUAUUCUAAUGCUACUCUCUUUCAGCUUCGCGAUGGUGCUCAGAUACCCAUCAUAGGAUUCGGAACAUAUGAAUUGGACUCAGAAGACGCGUACAACGCGGUAACUUGGGCCUUAGAGGCCGGCUAUCGCCAUAUCAAUGAAAGAGAAUGCGGUAAGGCCAUCAUGGACUUUUGUCGUAGCCAUGAUGUGCCCCGUUCCAGCGUGUUCUUUACAACGAAAUUAAAGGAAAAUAACGGAUACGAAGGAGUCACUCGUUCUAUCCAAAAAUCUCUUGAUGAAUGCGGUUUGGGAUAUAUUGAUCUGUAUCUCAUUCAUGGUCCAAUUGGAGGUCGAACUGCCCGACUCGAGAGCUGGUGUGCUAUCUGCGAGGCACAUAAAUCGGGAAGAUUAAGGAAUAUUGGGAUCAGUACAUUUGGCAUCAAACAUCUGCAAGAAAUCCUGGAUCUCUGUUCGAAGGAGAGCCUCCCGCUGCCCUCUGUCCAUCAGAUCGAUCUACAUCCGUUCCAAGUCCGCAGUGGCAUCGUGGAGUUCAAUAAAAGACAUGGGAUUGUACUUGAGGCAUGGGCACCCCUAGUUCGUGGACUUCGGUUCAAGCAUCCGAGUAUCGGAUAUGUCGCAAUUCCCAAAUCAUCUUCGAAACAGCGUAUCAUUUCCAAUAUUCAAGUCUUUGACUUCGAGCUUUCAGACACGGAAAUGCAGGAUCUUGAUGGUCUUGAUGAAGCACUUGUUACUGACUGGGAUCCUACCGACUGCGAUUAA